CCGCCGCCCUUAGCACCCUCCUUGCCGACGCCAUGCUCCAGUUCCUGCUUGGAUUUACUUUUGGCAAUGUGGUUGGAAUGUAUCUGGCUCAGAACUAUGACAUACCAAACCUGGCUAAAAAACUAGAAGAAAUUAAAAAGGACUUGGAUGCCAAGAAGAAACCCCCUAGUUCAUGAGGCGGACUCCAGCACUGCCUUCUGGAUAUACGGAUUCUGCUGUUCUUGAGGGCCUCCUUACCAUCUGAACCAAAAGCUUUUGUUUUGAAUUCAAGCCUCAACAAUUUUCCUGUUA